AUGGGUCAUUCAACUGGGUGUCAAAAUUCAAUUCAUUAUUUAACUAAACAUUUAUUAUCGGAUAAUUCUAAACUCACAGAAAAUUCUAACAUUGAUGGAAUUAUAUUACAAGCAUCAGUAUCAGAUCAAGAAGCAAUUUCAUCAACUUUAGAUCCAACAAAAUAUGAAUCAUUAAUACAAGAAGUUCAAAAUGAAUAUAUAGCAAAGGGUAAAUCAAAUGAUAUAUUACCUGAAAAAUUUAGAAAGACAAAUUGGGGAGUACCAAUAACUGCAUAUAGAUUCAAUUCAUUAUUUUCUAAAAGAGGAGAUGAUGAUUUUUUUUCAUCUUAUUUAACUGAUGAAGAACUCGGGGAAAGUUUUGGUAAAAUUUCUAAACCUUUAUUGUUAGUAUAUUCUGGAUCUGAUCAAUUUGUACCUGCAUCAAUUGACAAGAAAGAAUUAGUUCUGAGGUUUCAGAAAGCUACACCCAUUGAGCUUUGGAGUAAGUAUAGUAAAAUUAUUGAUGGUGGUAGUCAUAACUUAGGCGAUGAUUCUGAAAAUGAUCAAGUUAUUGAUGAGUUGAUUAAUGCAGUUACGAGCUUUAUUGAAAAUGGUGUUUAG